ACAUCUUCAGCGCCAUCUCACUGAUUCUCAGUUUUGAGUCUUGUCAGUGCUACUCUGGCGAAGCUACUCUGGCGAAACUACCUUGCGAUCCUCGAAUUGUCCAAACUGCCUUCACGCAUACGCGCUGUACGACCCCUAGUCGUUCUUCGUCCUCGUUUGUCCAAGUCACGGCUGCCUCGUCCCUCGCUGAACAUGCCCAAGGCACCAUCUUCGCUCCCGGUGUCUGCCCUCUUCGGCAUAGCCAAACCUUCAGGGCCUACCUCCAUGUCCAUCUUGGACACACUUAAACCACUCAUUGCGAGCUCCCGUCUGUUCGUCGAGGAGAAAGAGUUGAAGAAAGAGAAGGGAAAGACGCGGAAGGCGAAGCACACGAAGUACGCCGUCAAGAUCGGCCAAGGCGGUACUCUCGAUCCGUUAGCGGACGGCGUCCUCGUUGUCGGUGUCGGCAAAGCCACGAAGAAGCUGGGCGAAUUCUUGGAUUGUGUGAAGGAAUACCGCACUACAUGCCUGCUUGGCUGUGAGACGGACACCUAUGACAGCCAGGGUGCCCAGGUGCGCGUCGCACCGUGGCGGCAUGUCACUCGGGAACAGGUCGAGGAGGCCCUGAAGGACUUCCGAGGGGAGCUUAUGCAGACCCCGCCGAUCUUUUCAGCCCUCAAAAUGGACGGAAAGCCACUAUAUGAAUACGCGCGGAAGGGUAUACCCCUACCCCGGCCUAUCGAGAAGCGAAAGGUCACCGUACACGAGCUCGAGCUAGUCGAGUGGAUCGGCAGUGACCACAACUACAGCUACCCCGAACAGAGGUUCACAGAAGAGCAGAAAAAAGCCGUUGAGAGCGCUCUACGCGGCGCCGAGCAGGCCGUCGAAGUCAAGGACGAGCCUGAACAAGAAGCAUCCAGCUCGGAAGCCCCGGCGGCGUUCGUCCUCCGUAUGAAGGUGUCUGGCGGGACGUACGUCCGGUCCGUCGUACACGACCUCGGGCACGCUUUGGGCUCGGCAGCGCACGUCGUGACUUUGACACGGACUCGUCAAGGGAGGUUCGUCAUGAAGCUUAUGGAAAAGACGGAUCGUGAAUGUGUACCAUGGGAUGUCGUUGAAGAGGCGGCGAAAGAUGUGGGCGACAAGGACGACCAGGGAUGGACGAGAUGGGAAAGAGAAGUCCUAGAUAAAUUUGAGAUAGCAGAGGACAGGUAGACAUGGUGACGGUGAGUAGAACGAGGCUCUGUUCGUUGUAUACUCAUUCGAGAGCAUCCCUAUAUAGUUCGCACUUGCAAUCAUGC